AUGGGCUUCGCCGCCAAGUCGCUCCUUUUUCUGGGCAGCCUUCGCCUCGCAGUGUCUCUCGCUCCAGGCGACUGCGCUUUCGUUGGAAUCUAUGGUGACCAAGAUGACUUUGCCUUGGUUCUCCUGGAAGAUGCCGAUGGAGAGACCAUCCAACUGACGGAGGAACUUCCUCAGAAUGGUCACUUGGAGGUGAAGAGGCCCGCAGCGGCCAAGGAGAAAGUCGGCGAUGCAAAGCGUGGAACAGUCUUGAAGAGAGCUGACUUCCACGUGGAUUCUACGUCGUUUGUGGCACCUCUGGGUCUCACAGCUUUCACUGGCUCUGACGAGUCUCCCACGGUGCUUUGCAGCAUCAACCUGGAUCACUCAGUUCGAAAGCUUGAGGAGAGCUACACAGUGAAUCUGGGUGCAACGGAUUUCGCGGAAUAUAUCGGAGAAGGGACUGGUAGCAAGGAACAGUUGCAGGAGGACAUCAUGAACACCCAAAAUUGGCAUCACGAUCAGACGCGAAGACUUGGUGGAUUCACCAUUGCAAGCAACGUGACUGUGACCGAGACCACCACGAUGGUUGUGAACACCACUACUGCCUCCAUGACCAUGACAACAACGAUGACAACCACCCUGACUGUCAUUGAAGGCAUCGAAACCAAAGUGGAAGGCUGCAUGGAAGUCAGUGUUAGCGACUUUGGCCUCUUGGAUGGUUCCGAUGCUGCCAAAGAUGCACUAAGAGAGUCAAUCGCAGCUGCUGCGGCAACCGACGUGGACUAUGUGCAGAACCUGACGAUCAUGGUUGGCAACUGUGGAGCACGUCGCCAACGACGUGUCCGGCGAUUGCAGACCGCUGUCUCUAUCAACUUCGUCAUCCUCUUCCCCCCAUCCUUGGGUGCUCAAGCAACCGUGCAAGCAGCUGCCGCCGUGGCCGCCAUCCAGGGGGUGAGCACAACUGAAUUCACCACUGUCAUCGCUACGAAGAUUGCCGCGAUCCCUGAACUGGCUAGUACCCUCACAAUUACGGUCCAAUCUGUGCCAUCGGCAUCAGUGGAGUUUGGUGAUGAGAGCGGUAUUACCAAGGCCAACGGAUGCGUAGAGUUCUACACCAACGACUAUGCCACCUUGUCCGGGUUUGCAACCGUCAACGCCGAAUGGACCAGAAUCUAUGCUUCUCUCUUCGUGGUGCCGGAGUUGUACAUUGACAACGUCCAGAUGCAGAGCGGAGCUUGCACUUUCAACAGGCGCUUGGCAGACCGCCGCCUGUCGGAGCUGGGGUGUGUGAAAUGGCGAGUUGCCUGGGCUCCUUCCCGGUACGGUGGCAUUGAUGGAGCCUAUGCAGCUGCACAAGCAAACAUCACAGACCUCGUCAGCAUCGACCUUGCCACGCUGAGCGCAACCAUCACCACCGAAAUCCAGACGAACACUGAUCUUACAAAUGUCACCAUCGACACUUGGCCAAAUGUCAUUGAGCAUAUCUCAAGAUUAUUUGCGAAUUUGCGGUAUACAGUACAUGAUCAUACAUGA